AUGGCCGACCCAGGAUGGGAUCUCUACAAGUCCGAGAUCGAAAGGUUAUACAUUCACGAGAAUAAGACACGUGAUGAAGUGAUGAGCUUCAUGGCAACAGAAUACUCCUGGAACAAAAGCGGUGCAGUGUACUCGAAGAAAUUCAAAGAGUGGGGGUUGAGAAAGCAUUCCCAGCCGAGAGACGACCAAUGGAUUUCCAGGAAAGUCGACAAAAGGAAGCGAGAAAAUGAGAAGGAAAGCGAGGUCUUCAUCAAUGGGGUUCAGAUCCAUCCUGCGAAGAUCGCUAGAUCGAGUUACAGAAAGGGUUUCAUGAGCGAAUAUUCCCGACGUGGCCUUUCUCCAAGUACCCCUGAAGGCUAUGUUGUGGCUACGCCCGUAUCGCCUGGUUUACAGAUUUCGUGGAACAAUCCUCUUCCGUGGAUACGAUUCAUGCGUCUACUUCAACCCUUACAAAAUGAUGAUGCCUCCCUCUCUUCCUCUGCCUCCCUCGCUUUCAAGUCGCAUAAUGGCUAUGAAGUGGUCAAGGGCAUGGACUUUGAGCUCAUGCAACACUUGAGCAAAAUUGUAUCGUGGAAUAAACUCCAGCACUCUCCAAACAUGCAUAGCGCUUCCCGUACGUCAGCAGCUCUGAGUAUCCUCAUGCCAGAAAACGAGCCCGGCCAGCAUGAUAUCUUGUCAGCAGAUCUGAGUACUUCAAGAGCAGGAGUUCGGGAGCAUAUGAGUGUAUUACUCUACCUUAUCUCAAAUAACCUGACCGCGCGAGAUCCUAAAGAAUAUUUCGAAGACACACUGGCACGGAACGACAAACUAGUGUUACAAAUUCUGAAGGAUACUGGCUGGAAUGAUUCAAAGCAUCUCGAGAUUCUACUUUCAGCUCGCGAGCCAACUGCCGAGUCUAUCGCCGAAAGGUUGUUUGCUGCUGCAGUAAGACAAGAAAACUUUGACAUUGUCCAAAGGAUGCUCCAGUCUGGUAUGAGCCCCAAUGGGUUGAUCGAGGGGAAAGUAGCGUGGCAGGAUGCAAACUUCGUUGCUCCUUUGCAGUUUGUAUCGGCAAAAAGAGGAAGUGUUCAUUUUAUCAAUCUUUUGAUUUCUCACGGUGCCGAUGUGAAUUUCUCGAUUGGCGACGAUGGCAAAACUGCCCUGUUUUAUGCCCUCUAUCGUGACAAUGAGGCUGCCAUUCGUAUACUCCUGGAUCACUGCCGCACAGUGACAUGGAAAUGCGCCCGUUUAGCAGCUUCUUAUACACCUGGUGAUAUUCGGGAUUUUACUCUGAUUGAAAAGAUCAUCGACAUAUAUUUACAUCAAGAUCUGGGAAAGCAACGGGGUCAUGAUACCGAGAUACUUCAAGAGGCCGUGUGGUGUAACAAUCUGCUUAUCAUUGAGCGUUUCGUUGACAAGGGGGCUAACCUGAAUGGGCUGUUGCCAUUGGAGAUACGCAGGAUAGGUGGUGAAGUCCAACACGAGACUACUUUGCUAGAACUUGCGACCAGGCAUGGAUGUAUUGGUGCCGUACAACCUUUACUUCAAGCUUCGGUUAGCGAAUAUCCGUUCCUUAUUUGGCCGCCCUACAUUUCACCACUGGAUUUAGCAGUUGAAAAAGGCUUCAUUGAUAUUACUGAAGUUUUACUCGGCUCGAGUGCUGACAAUCAAGCUGCUGACGAGGGUGAAAAGACGUUACUUGAGCGUGCCGUUCCAACUAAAAAUCUUGCUCUUUGUCAAGUGUUAAUUCGUUACGGUGCUAAGAUCGAUCGAGAGCCAUGCUUAAGCCAAGACUCUCCCUCGGCACUUAUGAUUGCUGUUCAGCAAGAUGUCACUGAUAUCGUUGACCUUUUAAUCGGCUCAAAUGCUCGAUUAAAUGACGUUUUCGAUAUUGACCCGGAGACUAUCCUUGGAGCAGCUGUCGAAGUUGGGAAUGAGACGAUGAUCAACAAGCUUAUAAGUGCUGGUGCAAGAGCGAUAGGACCACGAAUCAACAGAAUUGGCAAUUUACAAACUGCUAUCUUUCUGAAGAACGAUGGAAUUCUUCCGCGACUGCUGGAUGAGUCUGGUCCUAAGCUCCUUGCAGCGGCUAUUUCAGCUCAGGAUAAUGGUCUGGCAUGGUUCUUACUCCAGAGAAAUGCCGAUAAAGAACGGAACAAAACAGCUUUGCUUGAGAAAACACCACUGCGGGCCGCCAUUGAAAUACAUAACUCAGCCAUUGUACUAGCUCUCCUUGAGCGUGGUACCAAAGCGACAGAUGAUGAUCUCACGGAAGCUAUCAAGGACAAUUUUGAUCUUCUACCGAUCUUGCUUGCAAGUUUCACGGGAAGUGCCCCGACGGCAGCUUCAGCUGCGGUGUUGAAAGCCUCAAUGCUCGCCCUAGAGCUACUCCGAGAAGCAAAUGUCGACUUGAGGGGGACACCUCAAAUGUCUGAUCACAAAUGGGAUAUUAAGAACGUGUAUCACCUGCAAGGCUGUUCUUUCGAGUCUGUACUUGAAAUAGCGGCUUGGAAAGCCGAUGAGGUUAUGUUCAAGUACCUUCUUGAAUGGGCCUCUUCAGCGCAGAUGUCUUGGAGUCCAGAGUCUGUGAGCCGUGCUUUAACAAUGGCAAUCUUUGAAAAAAGACACGCUCAUAUAGUCGAGUUAAUGCGGCUCGAAUCAGAAUUGAGCUGUGACAUUGCCAGUGAUCCCUCAUCUGAUGAGCCAGCCAGGCGCCAAUUUCGGACAUAUACCCCUCUGCAAGCAGCUGUGAAAACGCAGCAAGCAUCGGUCGUUCGUGAUCUAAUAGUCUCAAAGGGAGUCAAUGUCAACUAUUUAGGAGAAGGUAAAUUGAGAAGGACACCAUUGCAGCAAGCUGUUGAGCUUGGAAACAUGGAGAUUGUCAACCUUCUUCUGGAGAACGGGGCCAAUGUCAACUAUUUAGGAGAAGGUAAACUGAGACGAACACCAUUGCAGCAAGCUGUUGAGCUUGGAAACAUGGAGAUUGUCAACCUUCUUCUAGAGUAUGGGGCUGAUGUAAAUGCUCCUGGUGCCUACGACGGAGGUGCGACUGCUUUACAGAUCGCGGCUAUUCAAGGAUACAUCGGCAUUGCGAGGAGGCUGCUUGAUCUUGGUUCAGAUAUCAACCAAGAACCCGCACGGGAAAAUGGGCGUACGGCUUUGAUGGGCGCUGCAGAACAUGGUCGCAUUGAUAUGUUACAAAUGCUUUUAGACGAAGGAGCAAAGGUCGUGGGUGAUUUUGAGGGUUACUAUUACGACGCUAUUGAGCUUGCAGAGGGCCAAGGCCAUUAUGCUGCAGCUAGACUCUUGAAAUCAUUCAAAGGCUCGGUUGAACUGGGCACAUUAUGA